AUGGUUGACGAUGAGACAGAAAAAGUUAAAGGAUUUGCAAAGGACUCCACUGUACCUUUAAGAGAAAGACUAAAGAUCUUGGCCGGGGUGGUAAAUCAUGAGUAUAUCGGUCGGAGUUCUGCUGAGAAGAAGCUUGUGCAUGCAUAUAAUGACAACCAGUUCUUUCACAGCCCUAGCAUAAUUUUUACAAGGUAA